CUUGGGGCGGAAGUGGAAACUCUUGUUUUCCGCUCACAUCCCUCCUCACAUCCCUCGCCCGACUCGAGUUCAGCUACACCGACUGAAGCUGGUGCCGUCGAAACCCCCCUUAGAAAUCCCCCCCAGGACCCUCAGGACAACAAUGGAUCCUAGUGGAGCCAGUAAGGGUCCUGGACCAGGCAGAAGACCCUCGAGUCCCUCCUCUGGGACACCCAUGGGUGCAAGAAGUUCUCAAGCUCAGAGUGUUCAAAGGCCCAGAGUAAAGAUAACUCCCUUCCACAGCUCAGCCAUACUCAGCAGUGAUGGAGCUCUCCGCAGCAAACGUCCAGGCUUGUUUUUGGACACACCUGGUCACCUUCCUGCUCCACCUGUAAGAGAGAGACUUCCUGUUGCUGCUGCUGGUGGUGCUGGUGGUGCUGGGAUCUCUGACAGACUAGCUCCCAGUUCAGGCUCUACGACGACUUCAGCAGGAGAAAAAGUACAGCCACGUCCUCUUGUCGUCAAGCCUUCAGGUAAGAAGACACCAAAGUCAAACCUGAAGAACCCUAAGAAGUCUGGACCGCCUUCGAACACAAAGCUCCAUAACAGCAAGAAAGACAAAGAGAAGAGACCUGCCUCCAGCUCUGUCAAACCUCACUCUGCUGUGAAGAGGAGGAAGAGGAAGAUGGGGAUGUACAACCUGGUCCCCAAAAAGAAGGCAAAGGCCCUCAAACAGCAGGAGAAGAAAGAGGAUCUAGCAGGCGGUCAGCUUAGGAAAGGAGCUGCAGCAGAGGAGAAGCCGGUGAUCGAAGCAGAGACUCUGAACGUCGUCAGAUCUGAAUCCCUGAUGGAGGAGGAACCCGCAGACGGCAGCCAUGUUGAAUACACAGAGCUGGCUUUGGACUGUCUGGACCUGAAGGCUCAGGAGGAGCUGCUCUCACCUCCGCUGACAGGUGUAUCAGUGGGUGCUGAGGUGACAGAAUCCGACCUGGCUGAGGAGUUACCUCUCUGCUGCUGUCGUAUGGAGACUCCUUAUAGUGGAGGCAGUCUGUCCACGCUGGAUCAGACCUGCAUGGCCAUGGAGAGCACUGACGGGAUGCUGAUUCGUUGUCAGAGGAGAGUGAUGAAACAGGAAAUGAUGCGACCAUCCAACACAGUCCACCUCCUGGUUCUGUGUGAGGACCACCGGGCCGGCAUGGUCAAACACCAGUGCUGCCCCGGCUGUGGACUCUUCUGCAGGACGGGCUCCUUCAUGGAGUGCAGGCCAUACGGCAGCAUCUCACACCGCUUUCACCGGGACUGUGCCUCUGUCUUGAAGAAUCUGAAGUUCUGUCCGCACUGCGGAGAGGAUGCCAGCGGAGCGACGGAGGUCACUGUACCAAAGGCCGAUCCUUCUCCAUCAGUACCCAGAUCGAACCCCGGGCCGUCGCUCCCCGCUGUGCCCACUGUGGCCACCCUGCCAUCGGUGUCAAACACGCCUGCUGUCCCUCAGAUCCUCCGAGCCAAGAAGACCAGCGAGCCCCAGAAAGGCAGAGACGACAGCCCGAGCAGGUUAAAGAGCGAGGCUGUGUGUGCUGCAGAUAAACUCCCUAAAGAGUCCCUGGAGAGCAUCCUGAUGGCGCUGGACGAUGAGAACCUGAAACCAAAGAAAGUGAAGUACCCGAGCAGACAGCUGUUCAUCUCUGCAAAACAAGGAGAGCUCAAGAAGGUCAUCCAUCUCUUAGUUGAUGGGAGAGACCCAAACGUAUUGAUGGAUGGCCAGAACAAAUGCACCCCUCUGCAUGCAGCAGCUGCUGAGGGUCAUCAGGAGAUCUGCCACAUGCUGGUCCAGGCUGGAGCCAACCUGGACAUGUUUGAUGAGGAGCAGAGAACACCUCUGAUGGCCGCCUGUGAAAACAACCACCUGGACACAGUGAAGUACCUGCUGAGAGCUGGAGCGGCCGUCGGCCACAAGGAUAUCAUGGGGUUCACCUGUCUGCAUCUGGCUGCUAAACUGGGACAUUAUGACAUAGUCCAUCAUCUGCUCUCCAAGGCAUCCAAAUACAUCAACAAUCAGGACGACGGUGGAUGGACUCCCAUCACCUGGGCCAUCGAGUACAAGCAUAAAGAGCUGGUCUACCUGCUGCUGAGCAAAGGGACUGACGUUAACAUGAGAGACAAGGAGGAGAAUGUCUGCCUGCACUGGGCGGCUCUAUCGGGCUGUGAUGACGUCGCUCAGGCUCUGCUGGAGGCUCGAUGUGACCUCAACGCCAUCAACGUUCACGGUGACUCACCGCUACAUGUCGCUGCCAGAGAGAACCACCUGGAGUGUGUGAUGUUGUUUCUGUCUCGAGGAGCUGACGUCAAUCAGAGGAACCGGGAGGGGGAGACGGUCCUGGACUGCUGCGUCCACAGCUCCAAAGUCUGGACGGCCCUGAACACCAACAAGAGGCUGACUGACGCGCGGAGAGGACGGGACUGUCAGGGAGAGAGGGUCCUCAGCAGGGAUAUUUCUCGGGGUUACGAGGCCGUUCCGAUCACCUGCAUCAACGGUGUGGACAGCGAGCCGUGUCCUGAAAACUUUAAAUACAUCCCAGACAACUGUGUCACGUCCCUGCUGAACAUAGACAAGGACAUCACUCACUUACAGCACUGCGGCUGUACAGACGACUGCUCCUCCAGUACCUGUGUGUGUGGUCAGCUCAGUCUGAGGUGUUGGUAUGACAGUGAGGGUCGACUCCCCCUGGACUUCUGUCAGCGCGAGCCCCCGGUGCUGUUCGAGUGUAACCACGCCUGCUCCUGCUGGAGGACCUGCAGGAACCGAGUGGUCCAGAAUGGGCUGAGAGUCCGGCUGCAGCUCUUCAGGACUCAGAAGAUGGGCUGGGGAGUCAGAGCCAUGCAAGACAUCCCUCAGGGAACGUUUAUUUGCGAGUACGUUGGGGAGAUCGUCACUGACGCAGAAGCCGAUAAGAGGGAGAACGACUCUUUUCUCUUCACCCUGGACAACAAGGUGGGAGACGUUCACUGUAUCGACGCGAGACUCUUUGGCAACAUCGGCCGCUUCAUCAACCACCUGUGUGAGCCCAACGUGCUGGCUGUGAGGGUGUUCACCAUGCACCAGGAUCUACGCUUUCCCAGGAUAGCCUUCUUCUCCAGCAGGCCCGUCAAAGCUGGAGAGCAGAUCGGGUUCGACUAUGGCGAUCACUACUGGAGGGUGAAGAGCAAGUUUUUCAGCUGUCAUUGUGGCUCUGUCAAGUGUCGCCACUCAGCUGCCAGCACAUAGAAACCACCAGAAUCUCACGGUUUCUUUAAUGUCAGAAUCACUGCCUGUGACGAGGUACACACUGAUGAGACUCCUAUUUAUGCACACAACACAGUGACUGUCCCACAUGGAGACACAUCGUUUACCACUAGAGAGGAAAUCCUCUACAGGAGAAUGAGAUGAACUAUUUUUUUUAAGGUUAAAAAUUCUUAACAGAUGAUUUAAACAAUCAUGGACUGAACUUUUAGUAGCGCAGAUGUUAUAUUUGUAGAUUAAUGAAGUUAAAUAAUCUUUUUUGGGAGCCUGAUUUCAUCUAUAAGUGUGCUUUUUUUUUACUACCUCUAAUUAGUAAUAAAACACAUUUUCAAAGCA